UUAUAUAUAUGUCGCUGCCUCUUAUCAGUUAACUCCCCGCUUCCACCAUGGAAGCUGUACAAGGUCCCCCUCUACUUCCCGCUCCCAAAUUCGAACCAGACACCGAGAAAAUCAAACGGAGGCUUAUCCAGAAGGGCGUGCAACACCCAACCCCCAAAAUCAUCCACAACCUCCGCAAGAAACAAAUCCAGAAACACAACCGCAAACUGAAGCGCCUUGCCCAAAAAUCCCAGACCCCGCCACCCUCCGAGUCCCAGCAACUGGACCUCUCCGACGAGUCCCACUUCCAGACCAUCAAGCACGAGUACAAGGAGUUCACCAAGGCGGUAAAGGGUGUGAAGAAUAGUGCUUUGAUGGUGGGGAAGCCAUGGGAGAGGCUGGAGAGAGCUGGGCUCAGAGAGAUUGCGAGUGAGAGUAGGGAGUACAGUGGAGAGAAGCUCAAGAGGGAGAAACUGAGGGAACUGAGGGAAAUGUUUGAGGAGCGAAAGCUCGAGGAUUUGCAGUGGGUUUUGGACGAUGAUGUGCUCGUGAAGGAGGAGUGGUUGGAUGGUGAAAAGGGAAACUGGGAACCGGAAAAGCGGCGGCGCAGCGAGGCCGAGGUGGUUCGGUUUCUUGUUGAUAGGCUAAGUGCUCGGGAGAUUUCUAAGAGGGACUGGAAGUUUUCGAGGAUUAUGAAACUGUCGGGAUUGCAGUUCACUGAGCGUCAGUUGCUUAAGAUUGUGGGAGGGCUUGGGGAUAAGCGACAGUGGAAGCAAGCGUUGUCUGUUGUGGAAUGGGUGUACAAUGAUAAGGAACAAAGACAUUAUAAGAGCAGGUUUGUUUACACGAAACUCUUGGCAGUUCUUGGAAAGGCUCAGAGGCCCCAGGAAGCAAUUUACAUUUUCAAUCUGAUGCGUGGAGAUUUCCAUUUAUAUCCAGAUAUGGCUGCAUAUCACAGCAUUGCUGUUACGCUUGGUCAAGCUGGUCUUGUGAAAGAACUGAUAAACACUAUCGAAUGCAUGAGACAUAAACCUUCUAAAAGAAUAAAGAAUGCACGGAAGAACUGGGACCCAAGCCUUGAACCUGAUGUGGUUAUAUACAAUGCAGUCUUGAAUGCUUGUGUUUCAUCACACCAGUGGAAGGGUGUAUCUUGGGUAUUUGAGCAGUUGAGAAUGAGUGGUCUGAAACCUAAUGGAGCAACAUAUGGACUUGCAAUGGAGGUAAUGCUGAAAUCUGGAAAGUAUGACCUAGUCCAUGAGUACUUCAGGAAGAUGAAGAAAAGUUGGGAAGCUCCAAAAGCUCUUACUUACCGAGUUCUUGUUAGAGCUUUUUGGGAGGAACGCAAAAUUAAUGAAGCUGUGGAAGCGGUCAGGGAUAUGGAAAAAAGGGGAAUUGUUGGAGCAGCCAGUGUAUAUUAUGAGCUAGCAUGCUGCCUUUGCAACAAUGGGAGGUGGCAAGAUGCUAUGGAAGAGGUUGAUAAGAUGAAAAAAUUAUCUCAUACUAAACCUUUGGAGGUUACCUUUACCGGCAUGAUAAUGUCUUCCAUGGACGGUGGGCAUAUUGCUGAUUGCGUAUCUAUCUUUGAACACAUGAAAGCCCUUUGUGUGCCUAAUAUAGGGACCAUAAAUACGAUGCUGAAAGUUUACGGCCGGAGUGAUAUGUUUUCUAAAGCUAAAGAGUUGUUUGAAGAUGUUAAGAGAGCUAAUUCUGAUUCUUACACUUCCCUAAAUGGUGGUGGUACUGCACUUAUUCCAGAUGAGUACACAUAUAGCUCAAUGCUUGAGGCAUCUGCUAGUGCACUGCAAUGGGAAUACUUUGAGUAUGUGUAUCGAGAGAUGGCUCUCUCUGGGUACCAGCUGGAUCAAAGUAAACAUGCAUCACUACUUGUGGAAGCAUCAAGAGCUGGGAAGUGGUAUCUGCUUGAGCAUGCGUUUGACACUAUUUUGGAAGCUGGAGAAGUUCCUCAUCCUUUGUUCUUCAGCGAAAUGGUAGUUCAAGCUACAGCUCAACAUAGUUAUGAGAGAGCUGUUACCUUGGUCAACACCAUGGCUCUUGCCCCAUUUCAGGUCAGUGAAAGACAGUGGACAAACCUUUUUGAGAGUAACGGAGACAGGAUUAGUAAGGAUAGUUUAGUGAAACUGUUGGCCGCUCUUGGUAAUUGUGAGGUAGCAUCGGAGGCCACUGUCUUAAACUUGUUAAGAUCAUUGCACUCCCUCUGCGGUUCUGGCACAUCAGGAGCCAUCUCAAGUUCUAUUUUAUCGAGAAGUGAAACCUCAGAGAAACCAUCCAUGGAUGAUUGUAACAGGGGAUUUGAUGGUUAUACUAGAGCAAAUAUGCCAAACUAUUCUGGAAAUAUGAUGGAUGAAAACCCUAACCUUGGCAGGGACGCUCUUGUUAAAGAUAGCGAUGUCAUAUCGGAUAUACGAUCGGUUAAUCAUGCUAGCCCCAAAAGAGAGGUUGAUGCUGAUUCAGAGACAAUCUCUCUGUCACCAAAUCAAGGUUCUGGAACAGAUGGAGAAACAAACCUUUUCACCACAGGAAAGGGAUUAGCCAAUGAUGAUGUAGAAUCUGGUACUGGUCAUCUGGCUAACAAGCUCGCAACUUUUGUAUUAAAUGGAAACUCAAAUAAUCUUGAUGAGAUGGAAAUUGAAAUGCCGAUGAACGGAGUGGAUUCUCGCGGAUCUAACAUUCCCACAGCAUAUGAAAUACUUGAAACUUGGAAGGAAAGCAGGAAGAAGGAUGGGAUACUCUUCUCCUUUCAGUUUGGCGAGAGAUGAAUGCAAGUUCUCUUUUCAGCUUUCUAUCAUUUUAUAGGAGCUAUCAUAACUUUGUUAAUAGGUCAAUUCAGCUGAAUUUUUGUUCAUAGGUUUGUAUACUUUUAUUUAUGAAGGACAAGUUAGAAGCCAUCAGCUAUGGUUUGUAAAAGUAGUGGAAAGCUGUAUCUUAAUUUAUCUCCAAAUUUCCAGAAAGAAACAAUUCCUGCAUAUUCUUCACCAUCACUCUGUUUGAAGCAGCUUCUACAGGAGACAACUAAGAGAGAGUCUCAUUUCUUUUGUGGUCUAUUGAAUUAUGUAAAUUUUCUUAUAAAUCAAUUUUUCUCACUUUUAUUUUUA